UUACCCAAGCGCACAAAACAUAUUUAUUAAAUAGUACUCAAAAUUAUGCCGUAGCAACCAACUAUCGUAACGAUUUCGAUAGCCGUAGGCCAGCAGGCAAACAGCUGAUUGCUGUCACUAUUGUUUUUUACCGUUGUUUAUUAGGAUCUAUGCGUAGUUGGAAACGUGUUUAUAUGUUGCACGGCGCGCAAUGGAUGGCGAAAAACGCAAAUGUAGCCUUAAACUAGCCAAGCAUAGAGCCAUCGACAACGAUGCCGAAAGCCAAGUCAUCUUAAAUAUACGUCAGCAGCAAAAGGGCGCAACCAAGCAGCCCGCACAGGAACGGCUCAAACGCUUGCAGACAAAUUUGAAGCUAUCAAAGAGCGUCAAAGUAGACAAAGAACGACCCGCGACCAAACGGAGCACCAGAAACAGCAGCCUGACUAGCAGCCCACCCACCAGCAGCCCACCCACCAACACCGCGACCAGCACAAGCGCCACUGCCACAUUCCACAGAACACGGAAAGCUGGUGAGACGCCAGUGGAGACGCCCAGACAGUCGAAGGGCUUCCAAAGCUUGAAGAAUUUUUGCUUUCCGGAGAAGACAAGGCCUGUGCCGGCCACGGUCAAGCCACAGGCCAGCGCAGCCUCAAAUAGUUUUAGUCAAAGAUGUGGAGCUUCUGCCGUCCACAAGCCGGCCAACGCUUCGCACAUUGGUGCUAAGAAUGCCUGGGCCAAGCCCAAGGCGCUGCUCGAUGCUAGCAAUAGACUAGAAAGGAAUCGCUCCAUAAGUGCCAAUCAGCGCCUGCUGCAACUCCGCGAGUCACUGCAGCAACAGCAAAAGGAGUUCAACAACAACAAUAAAUGUGAAUCUACAUUGGCCAGCAAGAAACUGCCAACAAUCCAAAAAAGCGCCAAGACAAGCCCAUUGCCCGCCUGUGUAAAGACAAACGAUGAUGUGGAACCCAUGGAUAUAGACUGGCAAGAGGAGGAGGACAACGAUGCAGCAGCGAGCAGCAGCGUUAAAGUGGUUUCCAAUAGCCAGCAUGAUUUGUCUUUGAACAAGAAUCACAGCGUGUCGGAGCAGGAGGAUAUAUCGGGCAUAAAGAUGCAGCGUCUGUUAACAACUGGGCAGGAUUUGCCUGCACGUCGCUUGGAUCACAUGUACUUUGUGCUGGACACAAAUGUGCUAAUGGAUAAUCUGCUGUUUGUGGAGGAUCUGUGCCAUGUGGCAUUGGGCGAGACAAACGGCAGCAUGCUCUAUAUACCGUAUAUAGUCAUCAAGGAACUGGACAAGCUCAAGGACAGGCGCGAUGACAACGAACUGAAGCGUCUGGCGGCCAUUCGCGCCAUACGCUAUUUGAAUAAAAAGUUUGACGACAGCCUCAAAAUACAAGGUCAAUCGGCGCUGGAGGAGGCGGACCAUUUGAUUGAGGUGGACUGCCCGGACGACAGCAUUGUCAACUGCUGCCUGCAGCUGCAGACGCAGGUGCCACACCUGAUGCUGCUGACCAACGAUAACAAUUUGCGGCUCAAGGCGAACGCCUCGGCCAUACAAGUCUCCUGCCGUUCCGAUUUGCUAAACGAUUAUCGGCCGGAGUUUGAUGCACUGCCCUCAUAGCGUACGCUAAAGCAUCCGGCGAGGCAAAGACUGCCGCUUCUGUGAUAGGCAUUUGUCGUUUGGAUGCAUCGACGCUGCGAUAGACGGAAGAUGAAGUAGGAACCACUGCACCGCUGACAACAUAAAGUACAAUCGCAUAUAUUAAGCUCUGCACAUGUCUACGUGUAUAUACAACAAUAUAAACACCUAUAUAUUUAUGUAUAUAUAUAGAUAUAUAUGUUAAUUUUCUAUCUAUUUGGUUUAUUCAUAUAUACGUACUUAUGUGUAUAGCAUUCCCAUAUACAAACAUACACCACACAAG